AUGCUGCGUGCAAAGACCACGGAGACCAAGAACGGUGCCCAUGCCGGUGUAGGUCACCACCAUGGUAGUGACUGGAACCAGCCUUUGUACGACCUACUGGCCUCAUCCUUGAAGACAGCUGAGAUGACGUGGACAAAUGGGUCUCUGUAUGCUUUCGUGAAGAUCAAGGACGCGCUCAGUCGAGCUACGCUCUUGGUUUACCCGAAAAUGAACUUGGGCCUUUGCCUUGUGGUGGACGCGUCCGACUGCGCUAUGGCGUGGACAUACCCAGCGCGAAGAAAUAUAAUCAUCGCCUUGCUGCUGCAGCGCUUGCCCCGCAAGAGGAGGCGGUCACUGUACAUAAGAGAAAUAUUUGACAAACGUCCGUGGUACGGCGAGUACCAUCACCUCGUCCAGGAGCUUCGACACAAUGAUCCGGAAUACCAUUUCAAGUAUUUCAGGAUGACGAAGGCUUCAUUCGAUAAGCUAUUGGGCCUCGUCUACGAGAGAAUCCUGCACCCCCCAACGCACAGAAGGCCCAUCUCUCCAGCAGAAAGACUUGCAGUCACACUGAGAUUCCUGGCUACUGGAGGAUCGAUGCAAGACAUCGCAAUCAGCUAUAGAAUUCAUGCUUCCACCGUGGCAGGGAUCCUAAAGGAGACUCUUCCAGCAAUCUGGGAUUGCCUGAAGCCUGUUGUGCUGGGGUGCCCAAGUGAGAGAGAGUGGGAAAAAAUAAGAGAAGAUUAUGAAGACAAGUGGAAUUUCCCAAAUACGAUAGGAAGUAUUGACGGCAAACACUUCGCUAUCAAAUUCCCAGGCAACAGUGGGUCAGACUGUUUCAAUUAUAAGGGGUACCACUCAUUACUAAUGCUUGCUGUUGUAGAUGCGAAUUAUCGCUUUAUUAUGGUUGACAUAGGAGCCCAAGGUCGGCUUUCAGACGGCUCGUUCUUCGGAAAGAGCGACCUCAAGAGAGCCAUAGAAGAGAGAACCCUGGGACUCCCUUCAGGAGUUUCUAGCUUGGGUGGAGCCUCACUAUAUCGCUCGGUUACUGACGGUGGUACUGCCAAUGAUGCCGGCGUUGCUGGUGAUGGUAUUUCGGGUGGAGGAUCCAGAAAGCUUUCAACUGCUGAUGGUGACAGUGGUGUGCUGUACAUUCCUGAUAAAAUGCUUUCGGCGGUCUCGCCAACAUCAUCACCACCCGAGCAGGAAGGGGCUUCCAAGCUGCAUGUAGUUCUGCAGAGAAAAGGCUGA